AUGGAAAGCCGCCGGAAUUCUACCACAGUCGUUGGUUUCAGCCUCCUCCCCUCCGAGCUCAUCCAUUACAUAAUUCUCCGGCUAGCUUUACCUGACAUCUUCCACUUAAAAUCCGUCAACAAAUUCAUUACAUCAGUGAUCGCCGACCAAGAUUUCGCCCGUGAUUAUAAUCUCCGAUCAAGCUCCUCCACCUGGCUUUUUGUAUACAAGAAGAGGUGGCACCGUGAUCCAGUGGUGGUUCAUGGGUUUACUCAAUCCUCAGAACGGUGGUUUAAGGUGAUGAUCGGAGAUAUUUUGAAGCCGGUGACUCCUCCCGGUGAAGAUCUUUAUUUCUUGACGGCGGCCGGUAACUUUUUCCUUUUUGCUUUGAAUUGCAGCCGGGAAGUUAUUUCCGUUGACCCUAUAACCAAAACAGUCAAAAGAAUCCCUCAAAGCCCAUUGGGGCCACGUGGCACUUCCUCCUGGAGGAGGUCCGGUAUCAAACUGUUAGCGGGCCCAUCCGAGUCGGGUCAAUUUCGGUUCUUGUUUGCAGAAAUGGUCGAUAAUAACCCUACUUUGUUCGAGUAUGAUUCCACUACAAACAAGUGGAAGUCAACCAUAGCAAGGGAGAAUAAUGUAAAUUUAACGCAUAACAAUGUUAAAGACAAAAACCGUAUAUUCCUAAGCGCGUCAAACGGGCCUAAUACAAGUAUUGUCAUUUCUGUCGGGUGUGACAUAAAUGAUCCUUUGGUUGUACGUCCAAGAUUUACUGCACUUCCUGAGGAUGGUGAAUUAGCCGUUGGAUUUAGUUGGGGCAGUGUGAUCAAUCGAUUACACAUCUACGGUGAUGGACGGAUGCUGAUCGUUCGAUCAGGAUCUGUUGGUUUGAAUGAUUGUCGCAGAAUUAGAGUCUUAAAACAUAUAGAAUUAUGGGGGUUGAGCCCAAAUGGAAGUCAGUGGGCUUUUGUGUCAUCGAUCCCAAAUGGGCUAAUUGAUGAAAUCAAAAAGCCCUAUGGGGUUAUGAUGGGAUGUUUGGAGGAACGAGAACAAACAAUUAGGGUUAUCUUGAUGUCAAACUUUGAAGGUGCUUGGGACAUUAUUUGGCUCGGGUUUGACUUAGUAAAGUCAAGAUGGUUUCGUGUACCACUUCCUGUGUUCAACAUGGAGGGCUCGAACAUGGCCGGGGUCACCUUUUCCUCUGGGCUAACGAUCGCUUAG